AUGGCACUCAGCGUCAUUCCACUUUUUGCGCGUAUGGGUUUCGCUCACGUGGUCCUCAUCUGGGGCACCAACAAUGUCAACGUCACAAACUUGACGGACCCUGUCAUCAUCCGUCAUCGCGAGAUUGGCGCUCAGAUGGUUCUCGCAGCGAGGAUUUUCUAUGCAUUGUUCAUCUGGAUGGCCAAGUUCACCGUUUCAGAGUUCCUGAAGCGCUUGACGGAACGUUUCUGGAAGAGGGGAUAUGAUUGGGGGUUGCGUGGCAUACGCAUCUUCCUCGUCGUUACUUUUCUGGCGGUUCUCAUCGCCACACUGGCAGAGUGCCAUCCUACUACCCAUUACUGGCAAGUCGUCCCGGAUCCAGGACCGCAAUGCCGACAGGGCUACGCACAGCUACUUACCAUGGGCAUUUGCGACAUUGUCACCGACGUUUUCCUCAUCGCCUUUCCGAUCCCGAUCAUUGUGCGUUCAAGCAUGCCAUUAAAGCGGAAGAUCUCACUCAUUACCCUGUUUUCCCUGUCGAUCGUUCUGAUUGUUGUCACUGGAGCCCGAAUGCCUCUGGUCAUUCAAAGACAAGGUCUACAGCAGUUCCGCACUGUAUUCGCUUCUUCAGAAAUUCUGGCUGCAACCAUCGUUUCCAAUGCCAUCGUUCUAGGCUCCUUCCUUCGCGAUCGAGGUGUCAAGAAACCCAAGUUCAAAGCACCAUCCACCACAGACAGUAUGGAACGCAGAGGAUCAACACGCCGCUUCACAGAUCAGACCUGUAGUAGUGAUGAAGAUCUUGCCCGGUCGCUGGGAUACCGUACAAAGCCUGAGUUGCUCGAGAAGUCGACGAGCCUACCGAGACCGGCUCCUGUCGCGGAUCUUGACCUCCUGUCGUCUUCCAGACAACCUGGUCCUUUUAUAAACAACAACUGGAAAUUCCCCGAUGAAGAGGCUGGCAUGCUCCAGAGCAGCGAUCAGUCAAAUACGACAGUCGAAGACAUACGGGACCCGAUGCCCAGUCCUCGUGCGAGACGCGUAUCGUGGUUCGACGUGGGUGGGUUGUUGGAGAACCCAACUGUAGCUCCCUCACCCACUGACUCGGUCAUCGCGCACGACUUCGCAGCCCAGCCGCGGCGAGGUUCCAGAGCCUCGAACACAAUCACACCAAGUGCGCGCCCAUUUCUGCCUCAAGCACGACGCAACUCUCGACUUUCACAACAGUCGGAGGACUAUGAGAUGUCAUCAGUUCGGUCCACCCAUCAAUUGCAAGACCUCGGCGGCUUGCUCUCAGAAGACCGCGAGCAAGAAGAAGCCCAGUCUACCCCAUCUCCACACUCGAGCUCUUCAGCCGGUCCUCCAUGUCGAUACGCGCCUAUACAACGUACAUCGACGCGCUCAACGCAAACAAGCUACGAUGUACCAUCCCUACAAGAUCCUGGAGGCUUACUCUCUUCCGCGCCCCCUCCUCCGUCUACUCGACGCAACCCUCCCCAACAGGGCCGCAAAGUGCCGUCCUUACAGGAUGCUGGCGGUCUUCUUGGUUGA